GAUCAUAAGGUCACGGGUAGGGUUUUUCCUUUUCUUGUGCAAGGCUCUUCUCAAAUUCAUCUUCUUUUCCCCCUUUGGUUUUGCUUCUUUCCGAUCGAGACGAUAAUACUGCAAAUUCUUUUCAUGGAUUGCUAGUUGUGGAUUCGGAUUUGUUUAUUAUUAGUAUUUGAUGGGGAGCUCAGGUGAGGCGUUCCCGGUAUCUUAUAAGCAGCUAUCGUUAAUGAUAAAGGGGAACAAAACAGAUGUAGUAAUUUCAAAGUACGAUGAUCAUUUUCUGGUGAUUGCAAGUCAGAUAGGAUCAAUGGGGACAAUUAUUCAAGCGAGGAAGGAAGAAGGGAUGUCGAUUGAUCCAACGUUCAGUGUGUCAGUUUUAUUUGGUAAAAGAGACGAACCCAUGAUUGUGGCUUGUGCUCGUCAGUUGAUUGCAAAUGUUAGUAACUCUAGCGCAUACAGACCAUUAGUUCUUUCACUCGGUCUUAAGGAUCAUUCUUCUGAAACACUCAAAAUCAUUGUUGCUGCUGUCAUUGAGAACCGCCUUUGGUGAUGAUGAUGAUGCUCUUAUUAGAAGAUGUGUUUGCUAUCUAUCAUGGUUACUAAAUAUCAAGGAUCAAAUUCAUGAAAUGUUUUCUUUUGUUUGUUUCUUUUUUUUUUUGCUCAUUGUCUGUACCUCACUACGAAUACCAUCCUGAUUUCAAAAAAACUAAAAGACAUCAAUAUGGCAAGAGUAACAAAAACAAACCACUUGUAACCAAUUGUAUACCAACCAGGUUAGUUAUGUUUGCCA